AUGUCUUCCACAACGACAACCACAGCAUCGAAACCCAACAUCGGCGUCUUCACGAACCCUGAGCACGACCUCUGGGUCGCGGAUGCCGAGCCCUCUCUCGACUCCGUACAAGAUGGCAAAGGUUUAAAGCCGGGCGAAGUUACCAUCGCCAUUAAAAGCACCGGAAUAUGCGGCUCCGACGUUCACUUCUGGCAUGCCGGCGCAAUCGGCCCCAUGAUCGUCACUGGCUCCCACAUCCUCGGUCACGAGUCCUCCGGGCAGAUCCUCUCGGUGCACCCGUCCGUCACUUCCCUCCAGCCCGGCGACCGCGUCGCAAUCGAGCCCAACAUCCCCUGCCUCGCCUGCCAACCCUGCCUCACAGGCCGCUACAACGGCUGCCCAUCCGUCGCUUUCCUCUCCACGCCGCCUGUCCCCGGGCUGCUGAGACGCUAUGUCAAUCAUCCGGCUACGUGGUGCCAUAAGCUCCCCGAGAAUAUGAGCUGGGAGGAAGGUGCGUUGUUGGAGCCGCUGAGUGUUGCGCUCGCGGGCGUGAGCCGGGCCGGGGUCGAGCUGGGGGAGCCGGUGCUGGUGUGUGGGGCUGGGCCGAUUGGGUUGGUGACGCUGCUGUGUUGUAGGGCUGCGGGGGCGUGUCCGGUUGUGGUUACGGAUAUUGAUGAGGGGAGGCUCAAGUUUGCGCGGGAACUGGUGAAGGGGGUCAAGACGUUUAAGGUGGAGCGUGGGCAGAGUGCGGAAGAGUUUGGGGAGAAGAUUACGGAGCUGAUGGGAGGUGUUGAGCCGAGUGUCGCGAUGGAGUGUACGGGCGUGGAAAGCAGUAUUGCGGGCGCGAUCCAGGCGGUCAGGUUUGGGGGGAAGGUGUUUGUGAUUGGGGUCGGGAGGGACGAGAUGAAGAUUCCGUUUAUGAGGUGUAGUACCCGCGAGGUGGAUCUGCAGUUUCAGUACCGGUACGCAAAUACGUGGCCGAAGGCGAUAAGGUUAGUUAGUGGAGGUGUUAUUGAUUUGAAGAAGUUGGUUACGCAUCGCUUUGGGUUGGAGGAGGCGGUGGAGGCGUUCAAGACGGCAGCGGAUCCGAAAACGGGCGCCAUUAAGGUGCAAAUACAGAGUUUGGACUGA